AUGUCCAACACAACAGGUAUGCACAUGCUCUGCCCCAUCCGCCUUCCUUGUAUCUACAACAGUCUCAGCACCUCAGAAACGGUUCAACAAUCGACAAUAACCGAAUCACCAACGAAUCCCACAGAAGCGCCGCGCACUUCCGUCGUUGAGAUAACGUCGACGAUCACAUCCGCACGAGUUGUACCUACAACCCAGGUCACAGCCUCAUCGAGCGAAUCUCCUACGCCUUCCGCUUUAUCAGCUGGAGAUCAAAGUGGUGGAAGUGGUGGCGGUCUCGGCACAGGUGGCACAAUCGCCAUCGCAGUCGUCAUACCGAUAGCCGCAAUCGCAGGACUGCUCAUAUUUGGUUUCUGGUUCUGGCGGAAACGCAAGGCAAGGAAGAAUGCCGAGGAGAUGCGGAAGAGCGAGAUGGCCGAGUACGGUUUCAAUCCCAAUAAUGACCCAACACUGGCUCCCGUAGGUGGUGCAUCGUACGCAGAAGAUCAGUCUGAGAUGACAGAGGACAACUCUGGAUAUCGAGGCUGGGGCGCAACAAACUCUGCUCGCAAUCCUAGCAACACAAAUGGCUCGCGGGGUCCCGGCUUCAGCGAUUCUGGCAGUCAGCCCGGUGGCCAGUACCCUAGCCCAAACGCGUAUUCGGAUGCAUACUCGGGCGAUCCGAUGCUCGGCCACGGUGAAGGCUAUGAUGGUGUCGGUGCUUUGGGUGGUGCGGCCGCUGCUGGUGCUGCCGCGGGUGUAGCACGAAAUCGCAGCCAGCAACACGGGAAUGGCGUCCACCGUGGUCCGUCAAAUGCAUCUUCGGCCUAUUCCAACCGGCCACCGUCAGAAGCGAGCUCAGACACCCCAAGCAUGCCGCAACCAUACUACGAACAGGAACAGCCAUAUAAUGACCACGGUGCAUAUGGAGAUGGCACAUACGGUGGCGGCGGACAGCCGGUCGUCAGAGAUGUGGAUGCCAGAAGGAAUACUCGCAUUGCACAGGCACCGAGCUACCCGACCGGGCAGGGCGGCAUCAGCCAAAACUUUUGA